AAAAAUUUGUACAUCCCAUUUCUCCACUCGCGCAUACCUGUCAAUGAACAAAAGACUCUUUGAGUGUUAAAAACCCCUGCAAUUGCCUAAAAAUGUCUCAAUACUCGGAAAAAUAGGACUAGAAGGAAAAACAAGUGAAAAUGUUCGAUUAAAUUGUCAAGGAUCUUUAUCAAAAUUAUCAAAAAAAUGGCCAACAGAGAUCACAGCAUCUCCAAUGCUCGUGUCACAGCAGACGAACACAGUGUCGAGUCAUUGGCUGAGGUAUUUAGAUGCUUCAUUUGCAUGGAAAAAUUGAGGGACGCACAUUUGUGUCCACACUGCAGUAAAUUAUGCUGCUACACAUGCAUUAGGAGAUGGUUAACAGAACAGAGAUCGCAGUGUCCACACUGUCGUGCAUCUUUGCACUUGCACGAAUUAGUAAAUUGUCGGUGGGUGGAGGAGGUCACCCAGCAAUUGGAUACACUCCAAGCCACUGGAUUAACGAAUCCAAGAUUCGAUGAGUCACGAGACAGGUGUUCAGUUCACAGAGAAAAAUUAUCAGUUUAUUGCUGGACCUGUGGACGAUGUAUCUGUCAUCAAUGUGCCCUCUGGGGUGGAACCCACUCUGGACACACAUUCAAACCCCUCGAGGAAGUUUAUGAGCAGCAUGUGACGCAGAUAAGUGGAGAAGUUGGUCAAUUGAAGAGAAGACUCAUGGAGCUAGUCAGUUUAGUUCAAGAAGUUGAACGAAAUGUUGAGUGCGUUCGAGCUGCUAAAGACGAGAGAGUUCGUGAGAUAAGAAAUGCAGUUGAACUUAUGAUAGCUCGAUUGGAUUCACAGCUCAAGGCCAAACUACUCACCCUGAUGGGCCAAAAAAAUUCAUUAACAUUGGAGUCAGAGCAGCUCGAGGCUCUCCUCCAAGAGAUUGAGCAUCAACUACACACGUGCACAAGGUCUGAGCUAAUCGUCAAGAGCUCCGAAUUAUCUAGGAUGAUUCAUCAGGUCAGGAAGAAGCCAAUGACCAGUUUCGUAACAGCUCCGGUGCCAGCUGAUUUUCACAGUGAAAUUGUUCCUGGUUACGACUCAGCGACAUUUGUCAUGCAAAAUUUUACGCAAUUGCAACUCAAAGCUGAUCCCGUUUACUCCGCGCCACUUCAUGUCAAUGGCCUAUGCUGGAGGCUCAAAGUUUAUCCAGAUGGAAAUGGCGUUGUCCGGGGCAAUUAUCUCUCUGUUUUUUUGGAACUCAGUGCUGGACUUCCUGAAACUUCCAAGUACGAAUAUAGAGUGGAAAUGAUUCACCAAGGCUCGAGAGACACAUCCAAGAACAUCGUACGAGAAUUCGCCUCGGAUUUUGAGAUCGGUGAAUGUUGGGGUUACAAUAGAUUCUUCAGGCUCGAUCUUCUCGCCACUGAGGGAUAUUUGAAUACUGAUCUCGAUACUUUAAUUCUGAGAUUCCAAGUUCGGCCUCCAACAUUUUAUCAACGCUGCAGAGAUCAGCAGUGGUACAUAAGUCAAUUAGUUACUGUACAGAAUCAAUAUGCAACGCAGAUUAAUGAUUUGAAAGAGAGGCUGGCCAUCGAAAUUUCUCGAAAUACAGUGACAGCUACUCGGGGUGCUGGUGUCACAACCCCAUCCCAUCAACCCCAGACUCAAGAGGGAGUUGAUAAUGAUAGCAAUGAGAUUAUUCACUCGACGGAUGCAUUGACAGAAAAUUUCUACAGCUCUCCGAGGGGCUCUAGGUCUAUUGAGAGUGUUCUCAAUGGCAUAACGCAGUCUGAAAUUACAACCCCGAAUGGCCUGAGGAGGCAACACUGCCAGGGGGAUAAUUUAUCCCUCACUCUACCUCAAAGUAUCAACGUCUGCUCACCCAAGUCUGAUGUUUCAAUCGAUCAAAAUUCACCAGUUGUUUCUAAUCCUUCAAACAAGUCACAAAAUGAAAAUUCUCUAUUAUUCGUACAAACUUUGCGGCAACAUCUGUCCUCUAGCUCCAGUAGUGAAAGUGGCGAAAUUAGCGAACACGAUAUUUACCUUGAAGAUUGUGAAAACGAGGAGUUAAAUCUUGGGCUGAUGGACGAAAAUUUUAACGAUGAGAAUGAUGUGGACGAGUCGAUGACAGGUGAAAACGAUGUAGAAGUAGCUGAAUCGCUGAAGCCCUGGCACAAAAGUCCCCUGAAGUCUCUCCCAGAGGAUGGAGCGAGGGCCCUGGACACACGAAAAUUUUCGUCUGAUCCCCUCGAAGAUGAGAUAAUGCUGUUGCAUCUGUUUGAAAUGCAAGACAGGAACUCAGGCUCGUGUCUUCUCUGUUAUAAGCACCACUCCGAGGACAAAUACAACGAAAUGCUUGAUGGAUCCCCAUCCCAGGCGUCAUUGAAAUCCCCACACAUCCCUGGAGGCCACUGUCCCAGAGGUCCCACCAGGAAUGACAAUAUUGGAGCUUCCAGCAGUGAAAAGCCAUUUGCAGAUAAAAAACAUCGAGACAUGAUAGUGAGACUCUUUCAGAGUCAUUCGUCCCCCAAUCUCAGGUGCUCUGAUGGUCAGGUUGGGCCAGAGUGUCUUCCUGGAGAUGUCCUCCGAGGUCUGAGGAUCGAGGAGAAAGGGGUGGAACGUGACUGUGAGGAGAAUAUUGGAAAUUCCAGUGAAAGGGAAAUUAGUCUCUCUGGACUGGAGAUUAAUCCUGGAGAAUCAGGGAGGGACAGGAUUGAUGAAACAAUGGGGAAGAAGGUUCUCGAUUUUGAACAGCUACUGGAGAGUUUUCGACUGUCUCCAACGCAACAGAAAGAUGCUGCUGUCUGUAUUGCCAAGUUGAAGAGAAAUUUGUGGUUGGAAGGAGACACAAAUCCUUCAACGUCCCGUAGAUCUCUGCAAAGUGCAAUUGCCUCGUCCUCGUGUUCAAAAUCUCCAAUUGAAUUAGCCACUGAUGUUGUGAAUUUUAGUUGGGUUCCACCGCCAUUUCAAAGGAAAAAUGAACAGAGGAGGAGCUUGAGAAAUAGUCAAGGAUCAACGAAACAGAGUGAAAAUGAGAUUCAAAAUGCAUCUGAUAAAUCUGAGGAGAGAAAAUGAAUUUAUCGCAGAUAGUUAAGGGAAAAUGACGAAAUUACAAUCGAACUUAUCAAAUACUCCUAAUUCUCUCAAUGUACCAAAACAGUAUUUUGUUAAGGAAUUCAUGCGUGAUCUCUUUAUUUUAAAAAUGUUUAAUUUGGUAUUAUAUAUCAUUUCAGUCAUUAAAAAUGUACUUCGACGGUAGGAACAAAGUUCUAGACUAUAGAUCUGAAAUUCACGAGUUAGUAUUGCAAUUUAUUCCCAAUUUCCAGGAAAUAAUGUUGAUUAAAAUUAAUUAUUGGGCCAAAAAUAUUAAUCAGAGCCAUCAUUAUAUUGAAUAUUCAACGUG